AUGGCGUCGUCUGUGCUGGAGGCCACGCGGGCGGCGCACGAGGACCUCGAGCGGUUAGAGCGCCUGGCGGUGCGCGAGCUGCAGCGCGACCCCGCCAGCGCGCGCGACCGCCUCUUCCAGUCCCACCGCGUCCGCCACAUGCUCGAUCUCGUCGUCUCCACUUCCGACAAGCUGGUGGAAAUCUAUGAAGACAAGGACGGUGCUAGGAAGGAUGAGAUCUCCACCCAUCUUACCGCGCCGGUGCAAAGUGACAUCUUCCCCAAGUACUAUGAAAGGCUGAAAGAGAUUCUUUCAUUUUGCUUGCAGAUUCGUGAUUACCAUAGACGGAAUCACUCUGCCCGUUUCGUCAGUGAAACUGAUGAUUAUGAGGAGCUACUAAAGGAGGAACCAGCUAUUGAAUUCACUGGCGAGGAAGCAUUUGGCCGGUACUUGGACCUACAUGAGCUCUACAACGAGUUCAUAAAUUCCAAGUUUGGAUCACUAAUGGAAUACUCGGCAUACGUUGGCACUUUUGCUCAGACUGAAAAAAUCGCACAUAAUCUAAAAGCUACCAGGCCAUACAAAGAAUAUUUGGAGCAUAUUUUGGAAUAUCUGAUGUCGUUUCUGUAUCGUACAGAACCGUUGCAAGAUAUUGAGAAGAUUUUUACAAAGUUGGAAAGUGAGUUUGAAGAACAGUGGACCAAUGGCGAAGUUCCUGGAUGGGAGAAUAAGGGCACAGAGAAAGAAUCUGUGUUGCAAGAGUCUGCAGUAGACCUUGAUUACUAUAGUACUGUUGAAGAGCUUGUAGAGCUUGGUCCGGAAAAGUUGAAGGAGGCUUUAACUGCUCGUGGGUUGAAGGGUGGCGGCACUGUUCAACAGCGUGCUGAGCGACUUUUCUUGCUGAAGCAUACACCCUUGGAAAAACUGGAUCGCAAGCAUUUUGCCAAAGGUGAUGAUCUGAAGAAGGAAAUUGCUUUGAUUGAAAUGAAGAUGAAGCGCUUAUGUGAGAUUCUCGAUGAGGUCAUUGUAAGAACAAAGGAAAACGCGGAGAAGAAGCUGACCUUGACCUAUGAAGAAAUGGAAGCAGAGCGGGAAGAGGAAGAAGUACAAGCUGAUAGUGAAAGUGAUGAUGAAGACCAACAAAUCUACAACCCCCUCAAGUUACCAAUGGGCUGGGACGGGAAACCUAUCCCUUAUUGGCUCUAUAAGCUUCACGGUCUUGGUCAGGAAUUCAAGUGUGAAAUAUGUGGUAACCACAGUUACUGGGGGCGAAGAGCUUAUGAGCGCCAUUUCAAGGAGUGGCGCCAUCAGCAUGGGAUGCGAUGCCUUGGCAUUCCUAAUACUAAGAAUUUCAAUGAAAUUACAUCCAUCAAGGAGGCGACGGCACUCUGGGAGAGAAUACAAGCAAAGCAAGGGCAGAACAAGUGGCGGCCAGACUUGGAAGAAGAGUACGAAGAUAAGGAUGGAAACAUCUACAACAAAAAGACCUAUACUGAUCUGCAGCGCCAAGGCCUGAUAUAG